UAAUAAUGACUUAAAGCAAUUUCUUUUUAAAGAUAAUAGUUCUCCCAUAAGGCAAUAGUUAUACUGCGCCAUUUUAGCUUCCGGUUCCGAAAAAACGAGGUAUCUUUAACAUAAAAAGCGCACUUGAUGAUUGCUUAUUAUCAUGGGUGAGGAAGGCUUUGUAGUGCGUUUAAGAGGUCUUCCCUGGUCAGCAACUCCAGAAGACGUGGAAAAGUUUUUUGAUGGUUGUGAAAUAAAUGAAGGAGUAAAUGGAGUCCAUCUUACAUAUUCCCGAGAAGGACGCCCCAGCGGAGAAGCAUUUGUUGAGUUUGUUUCAGAAGAUGAUGUACAGGCAGCACUAAAAAAAAAUAAAGAACACUUAGGACAACGAUAUAUUGAAGUAUUUCGGUCAAAGAAAGGUGAAAUGGAGUGGGUCAUCAAACGUGCUGGUUUGGACUCUCCCAACAUGAGUGAAGCAGUUGUCAAAUUACGUGGUCUUCCUUUUGGCUGUUCCAAAGAAGAGAUUGCUCAGUUCUUUACAGGGUUCGAGAUUGUACCCAAUGGGAUAAUGCUACCAGAGGAUCGGCUGGGGCGCAGCACAGGGGAGGCGUUUGUACAGUUCGCAUCCCAGGAGAUAGCAGAAAAGGCCCUGGGUAAACACAAGGAGCGCAUAGGGCACAGGUACAUAGAAAUUUUCAAGAGCAGCAUGUCAGAGGCUAAUGCAGUGUUUGGUAAUCAACGUGGUGGCUUCAGGCCUCCUAUGGGUCCCGGCAUGGGGAUUGGUCGACCCAGCCCCUAUGAUCGCAAUGACAGGUUUGGUGGUCCAAUUGGACCUGGCAUGGGAAUGGGUGGCCCAAUGGGUAUGGGUUUCAACAGAGGUCGAGGAGGAAGAAAUCUCAAAGGAUAUUAUGAUGACGAAUUUGACGAUUACAAUAUGGGAUUUGGUGGAAUGGGUUACAUGGGCCAAAGGGGUCGUGGGGGAAUGCGGCCACCUCGAGGUCGCAUGAUGAUAGAUGAACGACCACGCAUGGGACAUCCAGGAAGUCAUUAUAUCAGCAAGACAGGCCACUCAGUUCAUAUGCGUGGUAUGCCAUUUCUUGCCAUAGAGCAGGAUGUCUUCGAUUUCUUUGCACCAAUCCAGCCAGUAAGGGUGGAGUUUGAAUAUGGCUCUGACGGUCGUCGUACGGGUGAGGCCAAUGUGGAUUUUGCUACUCACCAGGAAGCCUUAGAAGCCAUGAAGAAACACCGAUCGAACAUGCAGCAUCGAUACAUUGAAUUAUUCCUGAAUUCCACACCAACUCGUGGAGGUUCUGACAUGGGAAACUAUGGCAGCGACAUGGGUGGUGGAUUUAGCAGUGGCAACAUGGGUGGUGGAAGUGGCAGUUUUGGUGGUGGAGGAGGCUAUGGAGCUAGCAGCAACAGUGGCGGUGGUUAUGGAAUGGGAAGUGGUGCUGGUGGAGGCUAUGGCAACCAAGGGGGUUUCAACGGGGGUCAGUUCAGCAGCAACAGCAGUGGCAGUGGUGGAGGCUAUGGAAUGGGUGGCAGUAUGGGAAGUGGUGGAGGCUACGGCGGAGGGAUGAAUAAUAGCUACAUGGAUGGUGGUGGCUACGGUGGAAAUUUAACAAGUAACACCAUGGGCAGCAUGGCCAACCCUAAUUACACUGCUUUCUAGUUCUUGAUACCAGGAUGCAUCCAGCUCACAAAAUGACACUUUUCUUUGACGUACUAAAUAAACUUAUUGAGGGUCAUGACAUAUUUUCCUUCGGGGUGAUUUAUUCUGUUCCUGUGCGAACAAAAAUCAGAUUGCAAGAGUCUUACAGCCAUUUUUUUUUUUUUUUUUUUUAUUAUUCUUCAGAAUUAUAUUUCCCAUAUUUUUUACACUUAGGAAUUCCAGUAAUUUGUGGUAAAACAGCCAUUUAUUAUUGCCUCUUAAUUUACAGUGCAGGAAAUAGUAAUAAAUCAUCCAGACCCUAAUGCUUAUGUCAUGUGAAAAUGAAUAUAGAAGCAUGGUGGCAUGUUUUGUCUCCGUUUUGAGACAUCCUAGUGGGGUUUUUUGUGUGCAUAAGAGGUCCAUUUUUUGUUAUGUAUUUAUUUUUUAUUUAGUUUGGGAACUAGAUGACAUGAAUCAUGAUGUAAUGGACAAAGCUCAAAAGUAUAAACACACUUGUUAGAUCAAGUGGACUUUAGUAGUAUUUUGUCCUUUCAUAUAUCAAGAAAUUGAUAGCAUGUGUUCAGAAAGUUUGUGCAGAAAUUACACAGCUAUGAACUCUGAAUGAUGUUGACGUCGCAUAAAGCAUUUUCAUGUUCAUUGAUAUCAGCUGCCAUUGUAAGCUACUAACCUGGCUGUUCAUCAGAUUAUUCAUCAGGGUGUAAAGUCACUUUUUAUAUUGCAGUUGACUUGAUCGAGUGCAUGAGUGUGUGUAUUUGGAUUCCUUCACUUUCAGACAAGAUUUUUAUCCGUGAAAACCAUGAUGACACUUAAGCUCUUGUUCAUUAAAAUGUUUGUGCGAUCA